CAAAGUUCAUUUUGGACGUGUAAUAAUGGCCUGCAAGUCUGAAAAGGGUAAAAUUGCUAUUAUCGGAAGUGGACUUAUUGGGCAAAGUUGGGCUGCGAUAUUUGUCGGAGCUGGCUAUAAUGUUACUGUUUAUGAUAUUGAUGAUAAGCAAAUAGAAAAGGCUUUAGCUAAUAUGACAAAAUCAUUAAAGUCAUACGAAACACAAGGAUGUUUAAGAGGCAAUUUAUCUGCAGAGGAACAAUCCAAGUUGAUAACUGGUAGUCAUGAUAUAAAGGCUUGUAUGGAGAAUGCUAUUUACGUUCAGGAAUGUGUACCCGAAAGUAUUGAGAUGAAGAAGAGCGUGUUUGGAGAAUUAGACAAAUAUUGCACUAAAGAUAUGGUUAUAGCAAGUUCUAGUAGUUGUAUUAAUUCAUCACAAUUUACAGAAAAUUUAAAUCAUAAAACUAAUAUGUUAAUAGCACAUCCCGUUAAUCCACCAUAUUUUUUACCAUUAGUUGAAAUAAUACCAGCCCCAUGGACAGCCACUGAGAUUACAAACAGGACCAGACAAUUAAUGGAAGAAAUAGGACAAGCACCUAUUACGUUAAAGAAAGAGGUUCCUGGAUUCGCAUUAAACAGAAUUCAAUAUGCUGUUAUUAAUGAAUGUUGGAGUCUUUAUAAGAAUGGUGUAUUGAGUGCUGAAGAUAUUGAUAAAGUUAUGUAUGAAGGACUUGGUAGAAGAUAUGCUUUUAUUGGUCCACUUGAAACUAUGCAUUUGAAUGCAGAUGGUAUUAAAGACUAUUGUAAGAAAUAUGCUGAAGGAAUGCAAAAGGUAUCAUCAACAUUUACACCACCACCUAUAGAAUAUGAUGCUGCUACAGCUGAUAACAUACAGGAGGAACUCACUAAUAUAGUACCAGCAGAUCAAACCCAAACUCGUAAAGAAUGGAGGGAUGAAAGAUUAGCACAGUUAGACAAACUUAAAAGAAAUAAAUAAUGGCAAAGAAAAGAAUUUUUUAAUGCACAUCACAGUCCCAAAGGAUUUUCUAUCCCUGGUCCUCUCAUCUUUUUUAAGAUCCAGAUUUCAGCUUACUUGGGCACCAAUGAUACAUUAUACCUAAUGCAUGAUAUCUGUAGAGAGAAUAAUAAUAUUUAUAAGGUCAAACGGUAUGUUCUUGUGCUGAAAUUUAGCUCUUAGAGCUGGUAUCUAGACGAUUACAUUAAUUUUUUUAAAGGUCCCAUAUACUUUUGUGUAUUGCAUUACAUCUUCAUAUUCUAGGGAUUCAAACACAAAAGACAUCAAUGUCACAGGGAUUCUGAUAUAUCUAAUGUCACAUGUCACUUCCAUAGGUAACUCUUUAAUUCCAAUUAAGUUGUUUCAGUGUCUUCUAAUUCCUUUUU